AUGGAGCCAGUUGCUUCUCUGUAUUUUUCCCUGCCAGGCUUCCUUCUCUUCUCCCACCUGCUCAGCUCCUUUGCACCGGUCUCAGUCCAGUUUAAUGUCCUGGGACCAGCUUAUCCAGUCCUGGCUGUGGUGGGAGAAAACGUCAUGUUACGCUGCCACCUGUCACCUGAGAAAAACGCUGAGGAUAUGGAGGUGCGGUGGUUCCGGGCGCAGUUUUCCCCUGCGGUGUUCGUGUACAAGGGCAGGCGGGAGAGAACAGACGAGCAGAUGGAGCAAUACCGGGGAAGAACAACUUUUGUGAGUGAAGCCAUCAGCGAGGGGAGUGUGGGGCUGAUCAUACACAACGUCACCGCCCACGAAAACGGCUUCUACUGCUGUUAUUUUCAAGAAGGCAGAUCUUACGAUGAGGCCAUCGUGCACCUGAUAGUGAUAAGCCUGGGCUCUAAACCCGUUAUUGAAAUGAAGGGCCUCGAGGAUGGAGGCAUCCGGCUGGAGUGUAUAUCUGCAGGGUGGUACCCAAAGCCCCAAGCUGUGUGGAGGGACCCUCAUGGUGAGACCAUGCCCCCCCUGGAAGAGUCUUACACUGUGAGUGCAGAUGGGCUCUUUCUGGUCACCACGGCUGUGAUCAUCAGGGACCAUUUGGUGAGGAACAUGUCCUGCUCUGUCAGCAACACCCUGCUCAACCAGGAGAAGGAAACUGUGAUUUUCAUUCCAGAAUCCUUUAUUCCCAGAACAUCUCCCUGGAUGGUGGCCCUGGCAGUCAUCCUGCCCACUCUGCCUCUCCUCAUUGCUGGGAGCAUCUAUCUCAUCAAGAAACUCCAGCUGGGAAAAAAGAUUCUGUCCAUGCAAAAAGAAGCUGAUAAUGAAGAGAAAGAAAUUACACGUAAGGAACUGGGGAAAGAACGUGUGGAAAAAGAGAAAGAAUGCCAAACAAAAGAGCAACUUCAAGAAGAAUUGCGAUGGAGAAGAAGCCUCUUACAUGCGGCUGAUGUGGUCCUGGACCCAGACACUGCUCAUCCUGAGCUCUUCCUGUCAGAGGACCAGAGAAGUGUGAGAAGGGGCCCUUCCAGGCAGAGCGUGCCUGACAACCCGGAGAGAUUCGACUGUUGGCCUUGUGUCCUGGGCCUGGAGAGCUACUCCUUAGGGAGACAUUUCUGGGAGGUGGAUGUCGAAAACGUGAUGGUGUGGGCUGUGGGGGUUUGUAGAGACAAUGUUGAGAGAAAAGGGGAGGCCCUCCUGGUUCCUCAGAAUGGCUUCUGGACCCUGGAGAUGUUUGAGAACCAAUACCGUGCCCUCUCCUCCCCAGAGAAGAUUCUCCCCCUGAAAGAGCGUCUUCACCGGGUGGGCGUCUUCCUGGACUGUGAAGCUGGAGAUGUGUCCUUCUAUAACAUGAAGGACAGGUCACACAUCUACACAUGUCCCCGUUCACCCUUCUCUGGGCCCCUGAGGCCCUUCUUCAGGCUGGGAUCCGAUGACAGCCCCCUCUAUAUCUGUCCAUCGUUUAGAGGGGCCCAGGGGGUCACAGUGCCUGAGGGGGGCCUGGUCCUUUACAGGGCAGAGACCCACCACACCCACCAAUUCCCUGGUCUCAGAGCCAGGUAG